CUUAAAUACUUUUCUUCAUCUACCAAUUCCUUCUCUUUAAUAAGGACUAUAACAAUGUCAAGUUGAUUUUCCUGAAAUAGAAUUCCACUUCCAAUUUUUCACAUAUGGCUCCCUGUUUCCUCUCCUAUGCUUUGGCUUUGCUCUUAUUCUUUCUAAUAGAGCUUUCUGGCUCUAUAGUGUCUGGUCGGGUUCGCUUGGGUUCAAGAUUGUUAGCUAAAGAGAACCAAGCAUGGUUUUCUGACAAUGGAACCUUUGCUUUGGGCUUCACACCAGCAGCAGACUCUAAUGAUCAAUAUCAAUUGGCAAUUUGGUUUGCACAACUUCCAGGAGACACAACCAUGGUUUGGUCUCCUAAUAUAAAUUCACCAGUGAGCAAAGAUGCAACCUUGGAGUUUGACACCACAGGAAAUCUCAUGUUGAUGGAUGGAGACACCACAGUUUGGGCAUCAAACACCUCGGAAGCAGGCGUCGAGUUAGCUGUCAUGUCUGAAAAUGGCAACUUCAUUCUCUACAGCACCAACCUAAGCGUCGCAUGGCAAAGCUUUGCAUAUCCAUCUGAUACUCUCCUACCUGGUCAACCCUUAACAGUUUCACUAGAAUUAACAUCAACAAAAUCAUCUUCUCAUGGCGGUUACUAUACUUUAAAAAUGUUGCAGCAGCCUACUUCACUAAGCCUUGCAUUGACCUAUAAUGUGCCUAAGUCAUACACCUCGUCGCCUGAAUCUUACAGCAACUUUUCUUAUUGGUCAGGACCUGAAAUAUCAAAUGUGACUGGAGAUGUUAUUGCAGUGUUGAGUAAAGCAGGAAGCUUUGGUAUGGUUUAUGGCUCAUCUUCAGAUGGAGCAGUUUAUGUAUAUAAAAAUGAUGGAGAUUAUGGAGGCCUAUCGUCGGAUGUAAAUCAAAGGAAUUCUAAUGCACUAUCUGUUCUUCGUCGAUUAACCCUCGAGGUUAAUGGAAAUAUACGUUUGUAUCGAUGGGAUAAUGAUGUGAAUGGAUCAAGGCAAUGGGUUCCAGAGUGGGCAGCUGUGUCCAAUCCAUGUGAUAUUUCUGGAAUUUGUGGCAAUGGGAUAUGUAAUUUAGACAGAAGCAAGACGAAUGCUUCUUGCACAUGUUUGCCAGGGACUUCUAAGGUGGGAAAUGAUGUCUCAUGUUCAGGAAAUUCUUCAGUGGCAGGGAAAUGUGGACCUCGGCAUGAAAACUUGAUGUCUCAGUUCAAGAUUUCUACUGUUCAGAAAACAAAUUAUUAUUUCUCAGAAUCAUCUGUCAUAGGAAAUUAUAGUGAUAAAGGGACUGUGUCCAAAUGUGGUGAUGCUUGCUUAUCAAACUGUGAUUGUGUUGCUUCUGUUUACGGCCUCAGUGAGGAGAAGGCUUAUUGUUGGUUACUCAGGAGCAUGGAAUUUGGUGGAUUUGAGGAUCCUGUUUCAACUUUAUUUGUGAAGGUUGAGGCCAAUGCCUCAGCAUCUGGAGCAAGCGGUAGCAGAACACCUGGGGAUUCAUCAGAUGAGUCACAAAGUACGCACGAGAAGGUUUUGGUACUUCCUAUAGUCCUGAGCAUGGCAGUUCUUAUUGGCCUGCUCGGUUGUUUGUUAUAUAUUAAUAUCCAUAGAAAAAGAUCCUUCAAGAGGGCACUUGAGAGCUCUUUGCUUUUGUCAGGAGCUCCAGUUAGUUUCAGCUACCGCGACCUGCUAGGUUGGACUACCAAUUUUUCCCAGUUACUUGGAACAGGUGGAUUUGGCAGUGUAUACAAGGGAUGCCUAAAAGAUGGAACAUUAAUUGCAGUAAAGAAACUUGAUAAAGUUUCACCUCAUGGGGAGAAGGAAUUCGUAACAGAGGUUAAAACCAUUGGCUCUAUGCAUCAUUUGAACUUGGUUCGUCUAUGUGGAUACUGUUCUGAGGGAACUCAAAGGCUGCUAGUUUAUGAAUUCAUGAAAAAUGGUUCUUUGGACAACUGGAUAUUUCAUUCACUUAGUACAAGAGAUAGACUACUAGAUUGGUCAUCACGUUUCCGCAUAGCAGUUGGUACUGCACAAGGGAUAGCCUAUUUUCAUGAGCAGUGUAGGGACAGAAUAAUACACUGUGACAUCAAGCCAGAGAACAUACUUCUGGAUGAGAAUUUCUGCCCUAAGGUAUCUGAUUUUGGACUAGCUAAGUUAAUGGUGAGAGAGAACUCCCACGUUGUCACUAUGGUCCGAGGAACCAGAGGUUAUUUAGCUCCCGAAUGGGUCAGCAAUCGUCCUAUUACUGUAAAAGCUGAUGUUUACAGCUAUGGUAUGCUUCUUCUAGAGAUUGUUGGUGGCCGGAGAAAUCUCGAUAUGACUUGUGAUGCAGACGACUUCUUUUAUCCCGGAUGGGCUUACAAGGAGAUGACUAGUGGAACACCCGUAAAAGUUGUAGACAGGCGACUUAAAGGAGCAGCAGAAGAAAAAGAGGUAAUGAGAGCAUUGAUGGUUGCUUUCUGGUGUAUUCAGGAUGAGGUUUCAAACAGGCCUUCCAUGGGAGAAGUGGUGAAGAUGUUGGAAGGAUCGGUUGACAUUAAUAUGCCACCAAUGCCACAGACAGUUUUGGAGUUAAUAGAGGAAGGCUUAGAUCAUGUAUACAAGUCAAUGAAGAGGGAGCUGAAUCAGUUUUGUUCCUUCUCCGUCGCUACUCAUCCAUCAUCUUAUGCUACAUGCAGUCACUCCACUAUCUCACCUAGAUAGCUCAAGGUGAAAUGGAACUCAUCUCAAAGUUUUUUGUUAUGAUUAUGCAAUUUUGCAUAUUCUUUGAUUGUUUCAUUUCCCUUCUCCCCCAUUCCUGGCCUAACCCCUCCCAAAAAAAAUCCCAAGGAAAAAAAGAGAGGGACAAAUCCACUUUUGUAUCAUGUGUUUCAACAGCAUCAUACACACUUUCCAGGAACUCACUGAUUGCUUCUCUUUA